GACAGUAGUAAAACACACACACGCACACACACAUCCAGACACACAAACACACGCGCUUUCACCCCGCACGCAGCCGAGCUGCCAGAGGAGCCUUCGCCGCUCCGAGCCUCUCCAUCUCCGUCUCCAUCUGCGCGCCGCGCGGCCUUUUCUGCUGCGCGCGUCCAGCUGUGCGCAAAACAUCUCGCUCCAGGAGCUCCAACGAAGAAAAAUAUAAAUAUAUAUAUAUAUAUAUAUCGGAGGGGAAAAGAGGAAUUAUGUCUUCCAAGUCGGCGGAGUGCCUGAAGCUGGCGGAGGAACAGAUCAAAGUGCUGGAGGACAGUUUCAAGAAAGUGACCCGGCACCCGGAGGGCAUGACGCUCAUGCUGAUCGCCGCGGAGUGCGGGCUGACGGAGGAGGAAACGCUGAAAUGGUUCAACAUACGCAACCAGCAGUGGCGGCAGGAGGAGGGUCUUCCGGCUGAACUGGGAUCAGUGUUGGACUGAGACGCUCCACGCCGGGCCUCGCUUUCUCCUGGACAAACUGAACCCCCUCCUCCCCUCCUCCCCCCAGCCCCCCCCCCCCUCCUCUUCACGUCAUUUUCACAUGUUCUACCUAUGAAGCUAUUUUAACUUACUGUACCGAGUGUGAAGGUGUUUGUGUGUCGUCGCCAGUGUAACAGCCAUGUCCGCAGAAAUAAACACGUCAUUACAAAUGA